UAGUGAAUAAAUUUUAUGAAAAACUUUUAAGGGAAAACCAGAAAAGUACCGACUGGAUUAGUAAUGACUUAUAUCAACCUUCUCCUUGUCUUUCCAAGUUUUACUGGACACAAGUUGGUGAUUACGUGAAAAAGUGUGAACAACUAAAUUUUUCGGACAAUUCCGGAGAUUUCAUAUCUGGAUCUUAUUGGAUUUCUCUUAGACUAGAUGGAAAUGGUUUUGGUAAGUGGAUUCAAAAACUUCGAGAGCUGAAUUUAAUUUCAAAGCACGAACUUUCUGUAGACAUUUCUAAUAUGAUGGUGGAUGUUUGUGAAUUAUUCAUGUGUAAAUUUCAUGCCGUAUAUGGCUAUACUCACAGCGAUGAGCUGGUAAUAAUAAUUCCAAGUUGCCCCAUAAAAAAAAACGUCUUUCAACAGCAUCUUUAUAAUGGAAGGGUGCAGAAAUUGUGUUCCAUCGCUUCUUCUUUCGUCACAUGUAGAUUCGCAUUUUUACUAUUUGGUUUUUUUCACUCAAAAGGAGUUGAUCUCCAUCAUAAAAACUUUAAUUUUGACCUUUUUCCUACUUUUGACUGUCGCUUGGGCCGUUACUCUUCUAGAAGUGAAGGACUCCUUCUGGGCGCUGAACAGGCCGUGCGGAGUUGUACAAAGUCGACUUUGGAGUGGCUAAAAGCCAAUAAUCUUCUUCCUUUGCGGGAUUUACACGCUUACGGGACUUUUUUAAUGAAAGUUGAGAAACAAUUUAUUGGCACGAAUCCCGUAACUAACGAAAGUGUUACGUACACGAGAAGGGUCAUUGAAAAAACUUCUGGGAAUGUCAUUCAGUUUCUAAUCAAGAAUAACUUUUUUUUGUAA